AUGAUUUCAGAAUAUUUUCAAUAUAUUUCUCUCUUUUUUUCCUCUUUCUCUCUUUUUUUCCUCUUUCUCUCUUUUUUUCCUCUUUCUCUCUUUUUUUCCUCUUUCUCUCUUUUUUUCCUCUUUUUUUCCUCUCUAAUUAAAAACUUGCAGAAACAGUUGAUGACAAACAAUACAACUGCUUUCUUUACUGAGGCCAUAACUCACUCUAAUCUGUCCACAAACAUCACCGUAAUGCCAAGCACCCAGGUUUCUACCACAACAGCUACUGCAGCUGGGGCUGCAGGAAUUCCAAGCUUAAGUACAACUAUCUCCUCCCUUGCCCAGGAUAUCAUUUCCAGUCCUGAUUCUCUGUUAAGCAACACGACGGCAAACACCACCAGACUACAGCCUUUAAUUUUCCUCCAAACAACUGCAGCUCAAAUAAUUGCUGGAACAUUUGCCUUUGCGUCUAUUCUGAUUACAGUUUACCAAAUUUACUUACACUUGCGCUAUUAUUCCUGUCCAAAUGAGCAGCUGUGGAUUGUCCGAAUUCUAUUCAUUGUCCCUAUUUAUUCAUUUGACUCUUUCCUCAGUCUUAUGUUCUUUAACAAUGACAGUUAUUAUAUUUACGUGGAUAGUAUAAAAUAUUGCUAUGAAGCUUUUGUGAUUUAUAAUUUCCUGAGUCUUUGCUAUGAAUACCUUGGAGGUGAGAGUUCUAUAAUGUCAGAGAUCCGAGGCAAACCUAUACAGUCCACCAUAUUGGUAUCUUUCACACAUUUCUUUCAUUUGAAACAUAUGUUGAUGUCCUUUCCUCUUUAUUUACUUUCUUUCUUUCUUCUCUUUCCUCGUGCUGCACCUUGUUCUCUUUCUUCGUUCUUCUCUUUGUUCACCUUGUUCUCUUUCUUCUUCUCUUCUCUUUCCUCGUGCUGCACCUUUCUUUCUUCGUUCUUCUCUUUUUUCUUGUUCUCUUUCGUUCUUCUCUUUCCUCGUGCUGCACCUUGUUCUCUUUCUUCGUUCUUCUCUCUUUCCUCGUUCUUCUCUUUCCUGCUGCACCUUUUGUUCUUCUUUGUUCUCUUUUCUUCGUUCUCUUUUUCGUUUCUCUUUCCUCGUGCUGCACCUUGUUCUCUUUCUUCGUUCUUCUCUUUCCUCGUGCUGCACUUGUUCUUUGUUCUCCUUCUUCGUUUCUUCUCUUUCCUCGCACCUUGCUUUGCACCUUGUUCUCUUUCUUUUCUUCGUUCUUCUCUUUCCUCGUUCUUCUCUUUCCUCGGCUGCACCUUGUUCCUUGUUCUCUUUCUUGCACCUUGUUCUUCUCUUUCCUCUUUCCUCGUGCUGCACCUUGUUCUUUCUUCGUUCUUCUCUUUUCGUGCUGCACCUUUCUCUUUCUUCGUUCUUCUCUUUCCUCGUGCUGCACCUUGUUCUCUUUCUUGUUCUUCUCUUUUCUGCACCGUUCUUCUCUUUCCUCAUACUGCACCUUGUUCUCUUUUCUUGUUCUCUUUCCUUUCUUGUUCUUCUCUUUCCUCGCUGCACCUUGUUCUCUUUCUUUUCUUCUCUUUCCUUUGCACCUUGUUCUCUCGUUCUUCUCUUUCCUCGUGCUGCACCUUGUUCUCUUUCUUCGUUUCUUUCUUUCCUCGUGCUGCACCUUGUUCUCUUUCCGUUCUUCUCUUUCCUUGCACCUUGUUUCUCUUUCCUUCUGCACCUUGUUCUCUUUCUUCGUUCUUCUCUUUCCUCGUGCUGCACCUUGUUCUCUUUCUUGUUCUUCUCUUUCCCGUGCUGCACCUUGUUCUCUUUCUCUUCUCUUUUCUUGCACCUUGUUCUCUUUCUUUUCUUCUCUUUCCUCGUGCUGCUUGUUCUCUUUCUUGUUCUUCUCUUUUUCCUCGUACUCUUGUUCUCUUUCUUCGUUCUUCUCUUUCCUCGUGCUGCACCUUGUUCUCUUUCUUCGUUCUUCUCUUUCCUCUUUUUGCUGCACCUUGUUCUCUUUCUUGUUCUUCUCUUUUCGUACUGCACCUUGUUUCUUCUUCUUUCUUCUCUUUCCUCGUGCUGCACCUUUUUCUUUUCUUGUUCUUUCUUCGUUCUUCUCUUUUCGUUCUUCUUUCUUCGUUCUUCUCUUUCCUCGUGCUGCACCUUGUUCUCUUUCUUCGUUCUUCUCUUUCUCUUUCGUUCUCUUCUCUUUCCUCGUGCUGCACCUUGUUUCUCUUUCUUCGUUCUUCUCUUUCCUCGUGUUGCUGCACCUUGUUCUCUUUUCUUCUCUUUCCUCGUGCUGCACCUUAUUUCUCUUUCUUCGUUCUUCUCUUUCCUCGUGCUGCACCUUGUUCUCUUUCUUCGUUUCUUCUCUUUCCUCGUGCUGCUUGUUCUCCUUGUUCUCUUUCUUGUUUCUUCUCUUUCCUCGUGCUGCACCUUGUUCUCUUUCUUGUUCUUCUCUUUUCUCUUUCUUUCUUCUUUUUCUUCUCUUUCCUCUUGUUCUGCACCUUGUUCUCUUUCUUCGUUCUUCUCUUUCCUCUCUUUUUUCUCUUUCUUCGUUCUUCUCUUUCCUCGUUGCACCUUUUGUUCUCUUUCUUCGUUUCUUCUCUUUCCUCGUGCUGCACCUUGUUUCUUUCUCGUUCUUCUCUUUCCUCGUGCUGCAUUUCUCUUUCUUCGUUCUUCUCUUUCCUCGUGCUGCACCUUGUUCUCUUUCUUCGUUCUUCUCUUUCCUCGUGCUGCACCUUGUUCUCUUUCUUCGUUCUUCUCUUUCCUCGUGCUGCACCUUGUUCUCUUUCUUCGUUCUUCUCUUUUCUCUUCUCUUUCUUCGUUCUUCUCUUUCCUCGUGCUGCACCUUGUUCUCUUUCUUCGUUCUUCUCUUUCCUCGUGCUGCACCUUGUUCUCUUCUCUCGGUUCUUCUCUUUUCGUGCACCUUGUUCUUCUCUUUCCUCGUGCUGCACCUUGUUCUCUUUCUUGUUCUUCUCUUUCCUCGUGCUGCACCUUGUUCUCUUUCUUCGUUCUUCUCUUUCCUUGCUGCACCUUGUUCUCUUUCUUUUCUUCUCUUUCCUCGUGCUGCACCUUGUUCUCUUUCUUCUUUCUUUCUCUUUCCUCGUGCUGCACCUUCUUUCUCCUUCUUCUCAGUUUUUCUCUUUCUGCACCUUGUUCUCUUUCUUAGUUCCUUUCCUCGUGUGCCUUGUUCACCUUGUUCUCUUUCUUUUUCUUCUGUUCGUUCUCUUUUCUUCUCUUUCCUCGUGCACCUUGUUCUCUUUCUUGUUCUUCUCUUUCCUUGCUGCACCUUGUUCUUUCUUUCGUUCUUCUUUUCCUCGUCUGUUUUCUCUUUUUCUUAAUUUCUUCUCUUUCCUGCACCUUGUUCUCUUUCUUCGUUCUUCUCUUUCCUCGUGCUGCACCUUGUUCUCUUUCUUCGUUCUUCUCUUUUCUUCUUGUUCUCUUUCCAUUCUUCUCUCUUUCUCGUGCUGUUCUCUUUCUUCGUUCUUCUCUUUUCUUCUUGUUCUCUUUCUUCUUCUUCUCUUUCCUCGUGCUGCACCGUUCUUCUCUUUUCUUCUGCACCUUGUUCUUCUUCUCUUUUCUUUCUCUUUCUUCAUUCUUCUUUCGUGCUGCACCUUUUCUCUUUCUUUUCUUCUCUUUCCACCUUUUGUUCUCUUUCUUCUUCUUUCCUCGUGCUGCACCUUGUUCUCUUUCUUCGUUCUUCUCUUUCCUUCUGCACCUUGUUCUCUUUCUUCGUUCUUCUCUUUCCUUGCUGCACCUUGUUCUCUUUCUUCGUUUCUUCUCUUUCCUCGUGCUGCACCUUGUUCUCUUUCUUCUUCUUCUCUUUCCUCGUGCACCUUGUUUCUUUCUUUUCUUCUUUUCUCUUUCUUCUUCACCUUGUUUCUUCUCUUUCCUUUCGUACUGCCUUGUUCUCUUUCUUGUUCUUCUCUUUCUUGCACCUUUGUUCUCUUUCUUCUUCUCUUUCCUCGUGCUGCACCUUGUUCUCUUUCUUCGUUCUUCUCUUUCCCGUGCUGCACCUUGUUCUCUUUCUUCGUUCUUCUCUUGCACCUUGUUCUCUUUCUUCGUUCUUCUCUUUCUCGUGCUGCACCUUGUUCUCUUUCUUCGUUCUUCUCUUUCCUCGUACUGCACCUUGUUCUCUUUCUUCGUUCUCUUUCUUUCCUCCUUGCACCUUGUUCUCUUUCUUUUUCUUCUCUUUCCUCUUCUGCACCUUGUUCCUUUUCUUCGUUCUUCUCUUUCCUCUUGCACCUUCUUGUUCUCUUUCUUCGUUCUUCUCUUUCCUCGUGCUGCACCUUGUUCUCUUUCUUCGUUCUUCUCUUUCCUCGUGCUGCACCUUGUUCUCUUUCUUGUUCUUCUCUUUUCUCUUGUUCUUUCUUCGUUCUUCUCUUUUCCUCGUGCUGCACCUUGUUCUCUUUCUUCGUUCUUCUCUUUCCUCGUGCUGCACCUUGUUCUCUUUCUUCGUUCUUCUCUUUCCUCUUGCACCUUGUUCUCUUUCUUAGAUUUCUUCUCUUUCCUGCUGCCUUCUUUCUUUCUUCUUCUCUUUCCUCGUGCACCUUGUUCUCUUUCUUCUUCUUCUCUUUCCUCGUGCUGCACCUUGUUCUCUUUCUUCAUGGUUUCUUCUCUUUCCUCGUGCUGCACCUUGUUCUCUUUCUUCGUUCUUCUCUUUUCCUGCACCUUUUCUCUUCUUCUUUCUGCACCUUCUCUUUCUUCUUCUUCUCUUUCCUCGUGCUGCACCUUGUUCUCUUUCUUCGUUCUUCUCUUUCCCACUGCACCUUGUUCUCUUUCUUCUCUUCUCUUUCCUCGUGCUGCACCUUCUCUUUUUCUUCUCUUUCCUCGUGCUGCACCUUGUUCUCUUUCUUCGUUUUCUUCUCUUUCCUCGUGCUGCACCUUGUUCUCUUUCUUUUUCUUCUCUUUCCUGCUGCACCUUGUUCUCUUUCUUCGUUCUUCUCUUUCCUCGUGCUGCACCUUGUUCUCUUUUGUUCUUCUUUCCUUGCACCUUUUGUUCUCUUUCUUCGUUCUUCUCUUUCCUCGUGCUGCACCUUGUUCUCUUGUUCUUCUCUUUCUCGUGCUGCACCUUGUUCUCUUUCUUCGUUCUUCUCUUUCUCUUUCUUGUUCUCUUUCUUCGUUCUUCUCUUUGCACCUUGUUCUCCGUUCUUUCUUUCUCGUUCUUCUCUUUUUCGUUCUUCUCUUUCCUCAUGCUGCACCUUUCUUUCUCUUUCUUGUUCUUCUCUUUCCUCUUGCACCUUGUUCUCUUUCUUCGUUCUUCUCUUUCCUCGUGCUGCACCUUGUUCUCUUUCUUCGUUCUUCUCUUUCCUCGUGCUGCACCUUGUUCUCUUUCUUCGUUCUUCUCUUUCCUCGUGCUGCACCUUGUUCUCUUUCUUCGUUCUUCUCUUUCCUCGUGCUGCAUUUCUCUUUCUUAAUUUCUUCUCUUUUCUUCUUGUUCUCUUUCUUCGUUCUUUCCUCGUGCUGCACCUUGUUCUCUUUCUUCGUUCUUCUCUUUCCUCGUGCUGCACCUUGUUCUCUUUCUUCGUUCUUCUCUUUCCUCGUGCACCUUGUUCUCUUUCUUGUUCUUCUCUUUUUCGUACUGCACCUUCUUCUCUUUCUUCGUUCUUCUCUUUCCUCGUGCUGCACCUUGUUCUCUUUCUUCGUUCUUUCCUCGUACUGCACCUUGUUCUCUUUCUUCGUUCUUCUCUUUCCUCGUGCUGCACUUUUUGUUCUUCUCUUUUCUUGCACCGUUCUCUUUCUUUCUUCUCUUUCCUCGUGCUGCACCUUGUUCUCUUUCUUGUUCUUCUCUUUCUUGCUGCACCUUGUUCUUCUCUUUCCUCGUGCUGUUUUCUCUUUCUUGUUCUUCUCUUUUUCUCUUUCUUUCGUUCUUCUCUUUCCUCGUGCUGCACCUUGUUCUCUUUCUAUUUCUUUCUUCGCACCUUUUUCUCUUUCUUCGUUCUUCUCUUUCCUCGUGCUUGUUCUUCUCACCUUAUUUCUCCUUCUUCUCUUUCCUCGUGCUUCUCUUUGUUUUCUCUUUCUCUUUCCUCGUGCUGCACCUUGUUCUCUUUCUUCGUUCUUCUCUUUCCUCGUGCUGCACCUUGUUCUCUUUCUUCGUUCUUCUCUUUCCUUUCCUCACCUUGUUCUGCUUUCCUUGUUCUCUUUCUUCUGUUCUUCUGUUUUCCUCGUGCUGCACCUUGUUCUCUUUCUUCGUUCUUCUCUUUCCUCGUGCUGCACCUUGUUCUCUUUCUUCGUGCUGCACCUUUUCUUCUCUUUCCUCGUGCUGCACCUUGUUCUCUUUCUUCUUUUCUUCUCUUUCCUGCUGCACCUUUUGUUCUCUUUCUUCGUUCUUCUCUUUCCUCGUGCUGCACCUUGUUCUCUUUCUUCGUUCUUCUCUUUCCUCGUACUGCACCUGUUCUCUUUUCUUGUUCUUCUCUUUCCUUCUGCACCUUGUUCUCUUUCUUCGUUCUUCUCCUCGUGCUGCACCUUGUUCUCUUUCUUCGUUCUUCUCUUUCCUCUGCACCUUGUUCUCUUUCUUGCACCUUGUUCUUCUCUUUCCUCGCUGCACCUUGUUCUCUUUCCUUCUUUCCUCGUGCACCUUUUGCUUAUUCUCUUUCUUCUUCUUCUUUCCUGUUUGCUGCACCUUGUUCUCUUUCUUUUCUUUCUCUUUCUUGCUCUUUCUUUUGUUUCUUUCUUCGUUCUUCUCUUCUUGUUCUUCUUGUUUCCUCGUGCUGCACCUUGUUCUCUUUUCGUUCUUUCUUUCCUUCUGCACCUUGUUUCUUUCUCAUUCUUCUCUUUCCUCGUGCUGCACCUUGUUCUCUUUCUUCGUUCUUCUCUUUCCUCGUGCUGCACCUUGUUCUCUUUCUUCGUUCUUCUCUUUCCUCGUGCUGCACCUUGUUCUCUUUCUUCGUUCUUCUCUUUCCUCGUGCUGCACCUUGUUCUCUUUCUUGUUUCUUUCCUUUCUGCACCUUGUUCUCUUUCUUCGUUCUUCUCUUUCCUCGCUGCACCUUGUUCUCCUUCUUCGUUCUUCUCUUUCCUCGUGCUGCACCUUGUUCUCUUUCCUUCUUCUCUUUCCUCUUCUUGUUCUCUUUCUUCGUUCUUCUCUUUCCUCGUGCUGCACUUGUUCCUUUUCUUCUUCGUUCUUCUCUUUCCUUGCACCUUGUUCGUUCUUCUCUUUCCUCGUGCUGCACCUUGUUCUCUUUCUUCGUUCUUCUCUUUCCUCAUCCACCUUCUAGAACAAUAAUUAUUUAUGACUCUCAAACUUUAUUUUUUACUAUUUUAAUUUUCUUUUCUCUCCUUUUUUUUCCUUUUCUCUCCUUUUUUUUCUCUUCUCUCCUUUUUUUCUCUUCUCUUCCUUUUUUUCUCUUCUCUCCUUUUUUCUCUCUUCUCUUUUCUUUUUUCUCUCUUCUCUUUUCUUUUUUCUCUCUUCUCUUUUCUUUUUUCUCUCUUCUUUUUUCUCUCUUCUCUCUUCUUUUUUUCUCUUCUCUCCUCUUCUCUCUUUUCUUUCGACAACCAUUUUCCAAGCUUAUUAAUCCUGCCACCUUGCAAUUUUGCAUUAUCAAACCUGUCAUGGCUGUCAUUACAUUGGUUUUGCAAUCUUUUGGACUCUACAAGGAUGGCAAUUUCUCACCAGCAAGUGGCUAUCUGUACAUCACCAUAAUUUACAACAUUUCUAUAAGCCUUGCACUCUAUGGCCUUUUCCUGUUCUACUUUGCAACCAAAGAGCUGCUGAGUCCUUUUGAACCCGUUCUGAAAUUCUUCACUGUCAAGUCUGUGAUUUUCCUCUCUUUUUGGCAAGGUGUUGUACUUGCUAUAUUUGAAAAAGCUGACUUAAUAAGUCCUAUCUUCUCCGAAGCUGGCAUACUGCGAGUUGGUGUGGGUACAGUGUCGGCUGGCUGGCAAAACUUCUUGAUCUGUAUUGAGAUGGUUUUUGCUGCCAUUGCACUUCGCUUUGCUUUCCCGCAUAUGAUCUAUAGCUCGGGCCCAACGUCUAACCAUGGCCGCACGGUGUCUCUCCAGAGCAUCUCCAGCAGCCUGAAGGAGACGAUGAACCCAGCGUGA